AAUUCUGUAAUCAUUUUCCUGUAAAGCAUAAUGUUUCCAUAGGAAGAAGUACCUCUGAAUAUUACAAACAUGACACGAUGAAUAAGGCACUAAAAAACAAGGCAGGCUCUUCAGGAAGCAAGUACAGAGACUGUUUGGACAAUAGGCUUGGAUUAAGCUUUCAUUCACAUCUGGCUGAGCUACAGAGAUUUCAACCCCAAGAGGAAAUUCAUGAAAGUAAUCAAGCUGAGAAGUCUACCAGAAAGACUUCAGUUUCACUUCAAAAAAUUCCUUCUAGUGUCAAAACCAACAUUUUUAAUAAAUAUGGGAAGGUUCUUAUGCAUCCUUCAUUAUGGACACACCACCAGAGAGUACUCAAUAGAGAAAAUCCUUACAAAUGUAAUGAGUAUGGGAAGGCUUUUAGCCAUUGUUCAACCUUAGCUACGCAUCAAAGAAUUCAUUCUGAGCAGAAACCUUACAAAAGUAACGAGUGUGGCAAAGCCUUUAAGAGGUUCUCAAACCAUACAAGGCAUCAGAGAAUCCAUACCGGAGAGAAAACAUAUAAAUGUAAUAUCUGUGGUAAAGAUUUUGCCACACGGUCACAUCUCUGGGGUCAUGAGCGAAUUCAUACAGGAGAGAAGCCUUACAAAUGUAAUGAGUGUGGCAAAGCCUUUUCUGAUAGUUCAUAUCUUGCUCAACAUAAGAAUUUCCAUUCCGGACAGAAACCUUACAAAUGUAAUCAAUGUGGCAAGGAUUUUGCCACACGUUCACACCUUUGUAUUCAUAAGAGAAUUCAUACUAGAGAGAAACCAUUUCGAUGUAAUGUAUGUGGUAAGAAUUUUAUGAUACCUUCACAGCUUUGGGGUCAUGAGCGGAUUCAUACUGGAGAGAAGCCUUAUAAGUGUACUGAGUGUGGCAAAGCCUUUUCUAGUGGUUCAAAUCUUGCUCAACAUAAGAGAAUCCAUUCUGGAGAGAAACCUUACAAAUGUAAUCACUGUGGUAAGGAUUUUACCACACGGUCAUACCUUUGGAGUCAUGAGAGAAUUCAUACUGGAGAGAAACCUUACAAAUGUAAUGAGUGUGGCAAAGCCUUUAUCAGGAGUUCAAAUCUUACUCAACAUAAGAGAGUGCAUGAUGGGGAGAAACCCUAUAAAUGUAAUGUAUGUGACAAGGCCUUUAGUCAGAAUGCAAGCCUCACUGUUCACCAAAGAAUUCAUACUGGGGAGAAACCUUAUAAAUGUCAUGAAUGUGGGAAAGCCUUUAAGCACUACUCAAGCAUCAAUAAACACCAUAAUACACAUAGAGAGAAGACACAAAUAUAAAGUGGUAAGACCUUUAUUAAAUAUUUAUACCUUUGGAGUCAUGAGAGAAUUCAUACCAGAGAGGAACCUUACAAAUGUCACGAAUAUGGCAGAUCCUUUAAGCGCUGUUCAAGCUUGAGUAGAUACCAGAAUAUACAUAGAGUGAAGAUAUAGAUGUAAAGCCUGUGGUAAGGCUUUUGUUAAAUAUUCUCACCUUUGGAGUCAUAAGGGAAUUCAUAAUGCAAAGAAACCUCACCAAAGAAUGUAGUACAGCUUUCAUGCCAUGGCCUGUCCUCAGGAUUCACCAAAGAUUUCACGAGAAAACCCUACUAAUAUAAUGAGUGCUGGUACAUUGCUUAAGCAAUGUUAACCUGCAAUGUACAAUCAGAGACUUUAGUAGUAUGAACUAAGUCUAAUUUUUGAAGAUUAAUUAAAUCAAGUGUUAAACUCUGCAGGAAAAUUAAAAGUCAAAAUGUUUUAAAAUUCAUGAGAUGAAGGGUGUCAAAGGAGCAGGGAUAUCUGUGGAACAACCUGUUUCAGCUUGUUCAGUCUAUAUGAUCUUUUAAUUUUCUGUUUCUUGAUGAAAUUAUUUGAUUAUGGACUUUGGACUCGUGAUUGAAAAUCUGUUAAUGAUAUGUCUUCAUUACAGACCUUUCAUGAAUUGCCACAUGUGUCUGUGAUGGUUCCUUUUGU